GCCAGAGAGGAGCAAAACAUGGCGUCCUCGAAUAAUCCGCGAAAAUUCAGCGAAAAGAUCGCGUUGCACAACCAGAAGCAAGCGGAAGAGACAGCAGCGUUCGAGGAGGUGAUGAAAGACCUGAGUAUCACUCGGGCGGCCCGUUUACAGUUACAGAAGACACAGUAUUUACAGCUUGGUCAGAACCGAGGACAGUACUAUGGUGGCUCUUUGCCUAAUGUCAAUCAGAUUGGAAACACCACCACUGACCUUUCCUUUCAGACUUUUUUUCAGAAUUCAGGGUUGGACACAAUUAGAACGACUCGUCACCAUGGGCUGGUAGACAGGGUCUAUCGAGACCGAAAUCGGAUGACGUCCCCUCACCGCAGACCCAUCUCUGUGGACAAACAUGGCCGUCAGAUUGAUAGCUGUCCCUAUGCCUCUGUGUAUCUGUCACCCCCACCUGAUACAAGCUGGAGGAGGACCAACUCAGAUUCUGCCCUGCACCAGAGCACUUUGAACCAAAACCCACAAGAUGCAUUUACAGGAGGAUCUCAAGAAUCGCAGCUAAAACAAGUUCUUCUUCUUACUAUGCCAGGAACAGGGGAAUCAGAAAGUGACAUGGACAAAGAAGGUCAAAAACAGAUAUGGGAACAUAAAAAGAAUACUUCAUCAAGACCCAAGUCAAACAAAAUACCAGGAAUCAGCAUAUUUCCAUCUCCAGAUCAGGAAAUGACUGCAUCUUUAAUCCCAGCGACACACAACACAGGCGGCUCUCUGCCAGACCUCACUAACAUCCAGAUCCCCCCUCCUCUCCCCACACCUCUGGACCCUGAUGACUCUUCCUCCUCUCUCAGUGCCUCCAACAGCACUAGCAAUCUGGCCAACACUCACAUGGGCCUCACUUCUGCCAGCCAAGGUAUGACAUCAGCACAGCCUACAGUGACAGGGAGUGUUCAACGCCGGCAUGAGAAUGUGGUUCCUCUGAUUCUGAACACUGACUCCCAGCAGCAUCAGAGUCUUCAGCAGCUGUCGCCCACCCUCUCUCCUCCACUCUCUCUAGCACAGGCGGAGACAAUAGAUGCCAUGAUGCUGGAGCAGCAGUUGGCUCAGUAUGCUUUCUUCAGUCAGCCAUCCACGCAGACACAGGGGGUCAGUAGACUUCCUCAGCUCCAGCAGAACACUCAGCUGCCACCUGUCUCUGGAAGCCAGACACAGACCUCUGUGGGCAUUGAUAUUAACACGGCUGCUUCCCUCCAGCAGUACCGCUGUAGGGUGGGGUCUUCAGCCAAUCAGUCUCCGACUUCUCCUGUCUCCAAUCAAGGCUUCUCUCCAGGGGGCUCGCCUCAACACUCCUCCAUUCUCGGAAGUGUCUUUGCUGAUGCCUUUUAUGACCAGCAGCUUUCUCCUCGGCAGAGCAGUGCUUUGUCUCAGCAGCUGGAGCAGUUCAACAUGUUUGAGAAUCCCAUCAGCUCAAGCAGUCUGUACAGUGAGUGUUCCACUCUUAACUACUCUCAAGCUGCAAUGCUCAACCUGACCGGGAUCCACGGCAACCUGCAGGACGCGCAGCAGCUAGGCUACAGCAGCCAUGGGAACAUCCCCAACAUCAUUCUCACUGGUGAUGUGAGCUUUGACGCAGAUUCCCAGUUCCCCCUGGAUGAUUUGAAAAUUGACCCACUAACACUAGACGGCUUGCACAUGCUCAACGAUCCUGACAUGGUUCUUGCUGACCCUGCAACAGAAGACGCUUUCCGGAUGGACAGGCUGUAAUCUUUGGGUAUAUGAUGUUCAUUUGUCCUUAUUUGAGAUUGGUGUGGUUAAGUGGGAGAGAAGCUGUCAUCUCUACAGCAUGUCUGGGGAACACCUGACCAUGUUUCUCAAAACCCUCCCUACUGGAAAGCGGGCGGACACUGACAUUGCUGAGAAUGUUGCCACAGUAUGGUAAGCAGUGCUGCCGCAUCUAACGAAUCAACCUUUUGAGAAAGCAGCCCAUAAUUUCUUAACACUCACACCUCAGCAAUUGCAGUUCCUUUAGCUCUAUAUGAGUGAAUGCGACAACACUAUGUAAGCUCCCUAUCGUGUGUUCUUCCAUUUCAUUUACUGUAUAAGAUCCUCCUCCUACUCCUCUGCAGCACCAAUCACAUUGUUUCUGAUGCCUGUCGGCUCACCUAUCACUCGGUCAUACAUGCCUGUGUUACAUGCCAGUUUUUUUUUAUGACAAAUAUUUAUUUACGCACUUUUAUACAUGCAUAUGCCACCAAAAGCAUUGUUUGCCAUGAGCUGUGUCUAAUUUGUUUUCUUAAACAGAUGUUUCUCAUAAAACCAAUAAUGGUGAAAAAGGAGUGUUAAUCCUCCCCGUUUUAAGGGCAGUAUUAUAGUCCUCAUGCAUUACAUGCAACACAUUUUAACUUUCCACAUGAACACUUAUGUACUCGAAGACAGCUAUAGUUCUUCGGUAUGUCUGGUCUGAACAUAUGAUUGUAAUGUUUUUUUAAAUGUCUAUUUUUUUUUCAUACUUAAAUGCAGUGGUACAGCUUAAACACUGCUAAUGUGGCUAAAGAUGACAGUGCUUGCACUGUGUAAGGAUUGUGAUCAAAUUAAUCUGCAUCAAUUGGAAAUUCUAAUAUGAUUUGUACUGUAUGUGGUUGUCAACAAAAAAACACAUCCACACAUUUAAAGGGUAGUUCACCGAAAAAUGAAAUUUCUCUCAUUUACUCCCCCUCAUGCCAUCUCAGAUGUGUAUGACUUUCUUCUGCAGAACACAAAGAUUUUUAGAAGAACAUGUCCGCUCUGUAGGUGCAUACAAUGCAAGUGAAUGGUGAUCAGACCUUUUUGUAGCUCCAAAAAUCACAUAAAGGAAACAUAAAAGUAAGCCAUAAGACUCCAGUGGUUAAAUCCAUAUCUUCAGAAGCGAUAUAAUAGGUGUGGGUGAGAAACAGAUCAAAAUUGAUGUCUCUUUUUUCUUUUUCUAAAUCUCCACUUCAACUUUCACUUUCACAUCUGAAAUAUGCAGUGUAUAUGGUACAAUCAAAAUGAUGCUGCAAACUUUUAGGUGAGAUUUCUUUGCUUUACUUGGAAAGAAAUAUGAAGCCACAGUACAAGAUCAUAAUGGUCAUUUGCAUAUAUGUAUCAAAACUAGUCACUGUGAUAACCAGAAUCUGCCUUACACUGAGAAGAUGAGUUUUUGUCAAUUGAAGGUUUGUUUUCUGUUUACAGAAGAAUUUGGUACUGUAAAAUUUGCUGUUACUCAUCACAAAAGUUGUCUUUGCACUCAUACUUGUCUUCUGGUUUCUUCAUGAUAUCAUAUGCCCAAAAGGGGAGGUUUACUACUCUUUUUAAUUCUGUCACAUUCAUCUUUUCUCAUAUUUCCUCUGAAUAUUGUAUACUUGUACCACUUUUGUAAGUGUGAGAAUAUUGUUUACAAAACCUUUUGAAAAGAACAUUAAUACAAUCUUGAUGUAUAAAUUAACUAACAAAAUGCUAAAUAUAAAAAGAUAUUAAGAAAUUGUUAUCCAUGUAAAAUUUCACUCCAUAAAAGGGGAUAAUCAGAUUUGGAAUAAUAUCUAUGCAAAGCAUAAUUUAACAUACAAGAACACAGACAUACUAAAGAAAUUGUUUAAAGAACAGUACGGCUUUUAAAGCAUCUGUGGGUCUUGAGUCCGUGCAGCUGCAUUUUAAUUAUAUUGUAUGGACUGCUUUGUCUAUUUUCAGCAAAGAGGACAAAAGAGAAGCAGUCUGUGCAUGAAAAAGUUUUUAAUUCCCCAUUUUGGAAAGGGAUUCUUCUCGCAAGGGAUCUGAUUGUAUCCUGUACAUUUUCUGUCACAGAAGCAUGACCAACAUGUGCUUUGACUAUUGUCAUGAAGUUCAUGUUAAAUAUUUUCAAAAUGUAAUAGAAUUGACGGGAAGGAUGUGUCAGGUAAUCAGUUACUGUUAUAUUCCUUGACUUGACUGCCUCAUUGAAAGAACAUUGAAAUACAUUCUGAAACCAGAAUGUAUUUGAUCACUUUAUGUAGGACCAAACAUAUUAAUGAAACUAGCAUUAUUUUUGUUACUGUGACAUUUGUAUACUUUCCAUGUGUUUAGUAGUUGCCCUCUGCAUUGUUGUGAUCAUUCCAUUUCACUUGCAAGAGGCUGCAUUGUACAAACGCUUAUGUCUCUUUUUUUUUUUUUUUGUGUGUGUGUGCAUGUCUUACCAUCACGAGUAUUGGUGAUUAUGAGCUGUGCACUUUUAAUUCUGACAUUUUUUCAUCUUUAAUUUUGUGCUUUGCAUUUACGUGAACUUACUACAUAAUAUCACUUUCUACAUUUACUUGGCACUUUAACCGAUAUUCACUACAUUUUUCAUACCCCUCUGAGUGACUGUUAAGUGCACUGGGUCUAUUUUCCCCCUAUGUUUGGCCAACUUUGCCUUCUCUAAGACAAGUAUUUUUGAAAAGGAAAAAGUAUUUGUUGUCAAUUUAUGAUUUUAUACUUGGUCAACGCAAAAUAGAUAACUUUUUAUGUAGUAUUAGAAAAGUAUUAAAGUUCCCCAAUAUUAACAAUGUGUCAAUGAAGGCAGGUUACUGUUCUGCAUCUCAAUUUACCAUAGACCAGUUUCACCUUUUAUUAAGUUUUCAUCUGUGCAUUGAGGUAUAUCCUUACCAUGAAUUGAACAAGUCCAGAGAAUUUCUGGCCAAAAAAUGAAAGCAUGCAGAAAAGAAAAGGCUCUUAAUCAUUGUAAACCACAACUUGAGUAUAUAAUGUGUACACAAAAUAUUUUAGCCUUUUUUUAAUAUUUACGCAUUUCAAUUUCAUAACAAAAUUCCUUUAAAUUACACAAUUCAAUCUUUAAUUAAAUUAAACUAAAACGUAUUCAAGUUUUAAGUUUGUAAAAAAUUGUGCAGUUCAAUUUGAUGGAAUUUUGUUAUGAAAUUGAAAUGCGUAAAUCUUAAAAAUAGGCUAUUUCUUUUUUUUUUUUUUUUUUUAUGCAGCCUUCAUGUACAUAAAUGCUACACUUAUACAUUUCUCUGUUUUAAAAAACAAACAUUAAAGCUUAAAUAUCAGGAGUAUGUAAAAAAAAUAAAGUAUUGAACAAUAUGGAACCGUAUGUUUUUACAUUAUAAAAUGCUUGAAGUGGAUGCUAAACUGUUCAGGGGUUUCACACUCCUCUAACUCAUGGUUUAAAUACACAUCAAAUAUGUGUUCAUUAUAAAGUGAGCUCACAUUUCUAGCCAAGCUGUAAAAGAAAAAUCCCUGCUGCAAAUAUACAUUCAGUUUUGCUUUUCAGCCUCUAUACACUGAACCUUAUCAAAGCUUUAUGAAACAAUAUCCUCUUAAGUCUUUGUUUUGUACUAUGCACAGUAGACCUAUUUGUUUCUGGCUGAUGUUCUUUGAUUUUUGUUUAUCUUGUGUAUGUGCAUUUAAAAUUGUAUGUUUACGUACUGUAAAUGUCUUCACAAGCUCAAGGUCUGUUUGCUGCAGUGUAUUGUUGUAGAUGUAUGGUUUCUUUGCUAUGGUUUCUUUAUCCACUCAUUUCCUAGAUUUCCAAAUAUCUGAAAGUUUACUGUAGAUUUGUUAAAGUAAAAAAAAAAUUAAUUCACAAGUGUCCUCAAUGAAGAAAAAAUAAGAUAUUUUACAGUAUUUACAAUUGAAAACUGCAACAAAUGAAAGUAUUAAAAAUAUUUCUCUAACUUCCCUGUCAAGUUUAAAACCGACUCUUGGUUCUGCAAGUAAGGAGUAAACCAAGUUAAAAUGAUCAUUUAUAUUUGAAAUAUUAAGAUCUGAAUGAUAGUUUGAUGGUUAUCCUGUGUAAUAUAAUAUCUGGGUAUUAAUGGAAAUAUAUCGUAUUGUAAAAACUACCUUUUUUUUUUUUUUUUUUUUUUACAAUUAUUGGGCUGUAUUAUAUUCCCCUAAUUUGCACUGAUAAACACACCUUAAAUAUAUUGUCCUAUAAAAGCAAAACACAAUAACUGUGCCAACACUAAAACUAAGAAAUUCCUUUUCCUUUUAUUUUCUCUUUUGUUGUUUUUGUUGUCCAGCCAAAUGUUUUGAACAUACACACAGUAAUGCACAGAUUAGACAUGAAUCUGAGCAUAAAGUUUUGUCAGAUUUGUCUGUCACAGGGCAGAUCACAGUCUUAAGACUAAAACUCAGUUUUAACAAAAGGUACUGUGUUUUGCCUUUGCAUGGCAGUAUACAAUAGUAUUUUUGUGUGUUUGUUUGUUUGUUUGUUUUCCCAAACAAUAACAAGUCUGGUCAUUUUUAAUUGUGAUGCUUGUUUCAUUGAGUGUGCCAAUAGAUUUUUAUUUAUUCAUAUCUUACCUUUUCAAAAUCAUUUGUGUGUGCAUGUGGUGGUUGUUCUUUCUCUCUUUUUAAAAGAUAAGUCCUAAUCAUUUUUGUUUGUUUGUUAGUUUGUUUAUUUAAUUAAUUCCAGGAAAGUAGUUUGCAUAUCAAUCAUUUGCCAAAAUGCCCAGUUCAAAGUGCAAGACAAAUAAAUUGUGACAAAUGUGCUUGUUUACUUUUCUCUGUGAUGGACAAGCCAUUGGAAAAAGCCAAAGUUUGUUAAUUUUACCUUUUUAAAUAUAAUGCUUUUGAAUACUUUUAGCUACAGUUAUUUUCUUUAAAGAUAGUGUGUAGAUGCUUUUUAAUUGUCAUUUUACAACAGUGGCUGGCUCUCCCUAGUCUUUGUUGACCUACAGUAAAAAUUCACUUAAAGAUAUUUUAGGAGUACCUUUAAAAAAUUAAGUUAUCUUGAUGUAAAAUAUCUCCCUGACCAGCCAUUUACUGCAGUAAAUCCCCUCAGCCUUUAAUACUGAAAAAUUGCUUUAUGUUUGGUGGACAUUUGCUGCAUGGUACUGAAUAUUAAAACACCCAUAAAUUUUGAUGUGAUGUCCUGCUUUUGUGCCGUUAUCAAGCUCUGAGAUCUCUCUGCUUAUUACAUUACUGAAAGUCAUGCAACUGGAUAGAGAUAUAUUAUUUAUUUAUUUUUUAUUUUUUUCAAAAGUGGUUUUGAAUCCUUUUUGUUUGUUUUCAUUAAGUAAAACAAACAAACAAAAACAAAAAAACACUAUGCUAUAGUGCAAGGGAGGUGACAAUGCAACCCAGUGCAGGAUUGAAAUGUACACACAACAAAACUCUAAAAUCCUCUUACAGUAUGUGCUAAAGAAUGUGAACAGUCUCUAUGGUUCACAUCUCUACAAAGGCAGCUAAUUUCUAUUUUUUCAAUGUAAUAUAAUUCAGAUGUUGCACAUACAUUUGACUGCAAACAUUUUAUUUUAUUUUAUUGGCAACAGGACAUGAUUAUACUCACCAAAUAUGCAAACCUAGCUUUCAGGAACAUAGCUUUGCAGCUUUGUGGUGUUUGUUUAUCCGACCCUUUAAAAAUGUAUGGAAAAUAUGUUCCUCAUACAAAAUGUUUUCUAUGAAAUAUAUAUAAAAACAAAAGAGAUUAUAAAACAAUAUGGGCUGUGUAAGUGUGCUACUUAUUUAAAACAAAAUGUUUCAAGCUUAAAUUCCAUUGUCCUUACUGUAUUUUUCUGUGUGGAAGCUUAAGUCUUUGUACCUUUGCAUAAAUAUUUGUUUAUUGAAUUGAAUAAAAAUGUAAAAAAAAGCUUA